AGCUCCAAACCUGAGCCACCCAUUCCAUCUUCAUGGAUACUCAUUCACAGUUGUUGGAAUCGGAAGGUCUCCAGACAAAAACAUCAAAAAAAUCAAUUUACAGCAUGCACUAGACCUGGAUAGGAGAGGUCUUUUGAACAGACACUUCAAUUUGCCUCCAUAUAAAGACACUAUCGCAGUACCGAAUAAUGGUUACGUUAUAUUGAGGUUCAGGGCUGACAAUCCAGGUUUUUGGCUAUUCCAUUGCCAUUUUCUGUUCCAUGUCCUGAUUGGAAUGAAUGUCAUUCUUCACGUUGGAACACAGUCUGAUUUACCCCCUGUCCCGAAAGGUUUUCCAAAAUGUGGUGAUUUCACACCUCCUAUAAGAUUGGAUUAUAAGAAUUAUUAUGAUAAUCCUCAUCAGAAAUAGUACCUUUCUUGAAAUGCGUAUUAAUAAGUGUUAUUUAUUAAGCAGCUCGAUGUGAAAUCUCAGGUCAUGGUGGAGACCAUAAUCGUUUCAGUUUACUUAUUUAUUGUUUAUAUUUAUUAUUUAUACAUCUUUUUAGUUAAUUGUUUGAUUAUUUCAUUUUUCACACUACCUAAUGAAUUUGAGUUUGCGUAUAUUUGCUUAUGUCAUCAAGGAGAGGGGAAAUGCUUACAGUUUUAAUUUUUCCACAACUUUUAUUCAUUAUUUUCAGGUUUUUCAAAAAAUGGGAGUUUUGAACCCACUCGAUGCCAUUUGCAACAAACCAAGAAAGGACGCCAUAUGUGUAAGCCAACUAAGAAAUGCCAAAAAAGUGGACGAAGCCCUGCUACAAGAUAGACCUGAUGUGAAAAUCUUCCUGCCUUUCAAAUUUUUAGUUUACCAAUUGGCCGAUUUGUUCCGACCACAUACGUACAAGAAUUUCUUAGCUGCACCUGGAGGUGACCACGUUAUAAGUUUGAUCGAUGAGAUCUCAUAUCGUUCAGCACCAUCACCACCUCUUUCUCAAAUCGAUGACAUACCACCCGAGCAAUUUUGCAAUGGCGACAACAAGCCAGACUCCUGCGAGCAAAACUGCAUGUGCACUCACAAGGUGGAUCUUCCGCUUAACGCUAUAGUCGAAGUUGUUUUGGUAGACGAAGUCCAAGCACCAAACCUGAGUCAUCCAUUUCAUCUUCAUGGUUAUUCCUUCGUUGUUGUUGGUACUGGAAGAUCACCAGACACGAAUAUCAAGAAGAUCAAUCUUAAGCAUGCUCUAGACUUAGAUAGAAGAGGACUGUUACAUAGGCACUUUAAACUACCGCCAUAUAAAGACACCAUUGCUGUGCCUAACAAUGGAUAUGUUAUUUUGAGGUUUAGAGCCGAUAACCCAGGUUACUGGCUAUUCCACUGCCACUUCCUUUUCCAUGUGUUGAUAGGAAUGAACCUUAUACUCCACGUAGGCACCAAGGCAGAUCUACCACCAGUGCCGAAAGGAUUUCCCAGAUGCGGAGAUUUCACACCACCAAUAAGAACGGAUCACUUGAAUCAGUACCACAACCCAUACCAUUAACAUUUUGUGAUCAAUUGAUUCAGUAACGUAACUCUCAGGUGAUGAAAAUCAGUGAUUCCUAGAAUAUUUAUUUAUGAAUAGGUGAACCUUCGACUUCGAAUGACCGAAGUUUUCUACUUUUGUAACCAAAUGGUCAAGGUGUUAAGACCAACUAGUCUCUUUAAUUUUGAAGUUGAAUACUCUUGAGUUUGUCAGAAAAAAAAAAAGUCAAUUGUGCCUUAGUUUUGUACCGAUAAAAAAUAUAUGUUUUUGUUAUGAUA